AUGAAAACUCAGCCGAUAAAAAUCAAUGUCUACGAGAACACACUAUUUUUAGCAUUAUUAAAUAUGGUUGGUCGUGAAAGAACCAAUAAAAGCAGCAUAAAAGCGCUGUGCGUUUGUCAAUUAUGCUCACUUAUUUCGCAUGAAAAUUUUUGGCUUCUAUGUGGACACUGUAUAUGCAAAACAUGCAUCUCAAUCAUACAAGGAGACAGUGUUACAUGCACACAAUGUUUACAGUCAACAGGAAAGAAUUCGAUUACACCAUGCUCUCUCUCAUACGAUCCUAGCUCGUGGGCAACCAAUUGUGAAAGCAAUCAGGCUAAUUUCAAUCCAAAUCUUAUUUGUGAGUUUUGUGGUGAACAGUUCACUUCCAACAUCCGACUCAAUGAACACAAACAAAGAGAAUGCACCGAAAUCACUCAGCCUUGUCUACUUGUAGAAUGUGGGUGUCUAUCUUCAGUGCGUCGAAUCGACCUUCGUGAUCAUUAUCUAAGUGAUGUUCAUCAAAAAGUACUCAUUAGUGUUGUUCAGCGCUUGUCUGUGAAACUAGCACAUGAUCCGUCAGAAAGAGGAUCAACGAUGGGUGUCGACAUCGCACCAAACAUCGCCGGUUCAUUAGCUACAACCACAACAACAAGUGAAACACUUAGCAUAAGCAUGCAAGAAGUGUAUGAAGCAAUCAACACUCUUGCGAGUGGUACACAAACACUGAAUGAUGAAACACUACGUGUCAGCAGCGAAUCUGUUCGAUUACAAUCUUCUGUCGAAUCAUUGGCACAAGAGCUCGCAUCACUCAAGUUGAGUAUUGAAGAGCAAGGUGCUUUUCUCGAUGGUAUCAAACUGAAUCAAGAGAUUCUACAGAAAGGAGUUGCAUCGCUGAAACAAAAGGUCGAUGAUGCACAAUAUGUGUCAUAUGAUGGAACACUCAUCUGGAAAAUCACUAGUUUUCAGGAGAAAAUGAGAGAUGCUCAAUCCGAGCGACAAACAUUUAUCUAUUCACCACCAUUCUAUUCUUCGCCUAGUGGCUAUAAGAUGCGAGCCCGCUUGUAUUUGCAUGGUGAUGGCAAUGCUCGACGUACUCACAUGUCGCUGUUUUUUGUUCUGAUGCGUGGUCCGAGCGAUGCUAUGCUAAAGUUUCCAUUCAACUACAAGGUGACAUUCUGUUUAUAUGAUCAAACACCUCAACAGCGACAUAUCAUCGACUCGUUUCGACCAGACAUAAAAUCUAAUAGUUUUCAGCGUCCGCGAUCAGAAAUGAACAUAGCGAGUGGUAUACCAAAAUUCUUUCCUCUGGCAAUGAUCCAACAAGACGGUAAUCCAUAUGUUCGGGAUGACACGAUGUUUAUAAAAGUAAUGGUGGAUUUUGGUGAUAUGCCGCAAGCGUUAUUACCAUAUGCAUUGAGUCUAAAUCCUGGUCUACCGAUACACAUCCAGCAGCUGUUCGUAAGAAAGGAAGAAGAACGCCGAAAUCAACAACAAACGGAGCCACCGCGCACAUCAACAGCAACUGAUUGUGUGACGACGAAUAUGUAG